CUCUAGCAUCUACGGACUUCGAAUCCAAUCACAUCCCUGCUUCCUCCAGCCGAAAUCAUCAUCGCCGCCAAUCACUCCGGGCACAGGUCCAUAAAAAUACUCAGCUGUCCUCAUCUUUUGGAAACACACGCGAGCGACAAUAGACCCUUUUCCCGGCCGCACUCGGUCAUGCGCCUGCAGUAUCUGAUCUAUAUCUUGUGAUCUUUUCCCCUCGUAUCUAUCCCCCGGAUCAUGGACAUCUGAAGAAACCAGAUCCUGCUUCAGCCGCCCCCCUCCAGCCCUUCUUACGUAUCUCCCCAAGAGGGGCAACAGGACGAAACGUGCGACUGGAUCAUGCGCCGCCGAUUGUCAAGAUGAACACCACCCACGACAUCCGCAUGCACGAUGCCCAUGCUCUUCCACACGAGGAAAGCAAGUCGCCCGGCAUUCCUCUCCGCAAUCCCAUCCACCCCUCUGUGAUUGACAAGCUCGAUCCCGCCUUUGUGAAACUGUACAAUGAUUACAUCGCGAACGGCCCCCCCUCGUCCACCGACCUGACGGUGGUGCGCCAGAACUAUUCAGCCUUAUACUCCUACGCCGCAGCACCGCCAUCCGGGGUAGGAGGCAUUGGGGAGACACAAGUACCGGGCUGGAAUAAAUAUCCUGGGGACAUCAAUGUGCGGGUUUACGUACCUCCGGGUGAAGAGCCAGGGCAACGCAAAGUGUGGCCCGUCCAUUUCAAUUUCCACGGCGGAGGCUGGGCUGUCGGUGACCUCGAGACCGAUGCACACAUCUGCCACCAUAUCUGUGCCUCUGUCCCCUGCUGCGUCAUUGACAUCGAAUACCGGCUAAUCCCCGAGUAUCCCUUUCCUAUCGGAAUCAUGGACAGUCUCACGGCUGUCGCGCACAUCCUGGCCAACCACAAAACAUUCUCUAUCGACUCCACGAACAUGACUUUUGGUGGUGAAUCUUCUGGUGCCACUAUCGCUCUAAUCCUGAAUCAUUUGUUUCGCGACGGAGCUUUCAGCGACAAGUUGAAGGGUGUGAUUGUGGCCACACCUACGAUUAGUGACGUGAGGAAGUAUGCGACACCAGACAUGAGCCCCUGGCCAAGCAUGAGAGAAGCCGAGUUUGCUCCCCUCCUCAACUGGGAGAAAUUGAAAUGGUUCGACACUUUCAAAUGGAUGUCCUUGUCCAGCCAGCACCCCGGGACAAAGCCUAAGGAACAGAAGCGAGACAUAUCGUGGUUCGCGGACGCCAUGAAUGCUCCAGAUUUCAAGAAUCUUGCACCUGUCACAUAUGUGGCCACGGCAGAGGUUGAUCCUCUCAGGGAUGAGGCGGAAGCAUAUGCUAAAAAGAUCGAGGAAGCGGGUAACAAGGUUGUCCUACGAAGGUUCAACGGCAUGCCGCACCACUUCAUGCACAUGGACCGGGCGCUGCCCCAAGCCCGAGAAUAUGUCCAGGAUGUCAUCUCUCACGUCCGCCAGUGUCUCUAUCCUCCCGAACCACCUGCGAUGAAGACGCCACCCGAAACUUGAGAGAAAAUCGAGCGUGGCUGCUACGCUGAACUCAAAUUUGCUGCGCUGGCUUUCGGCCACGUCUUCAACUUUUAUUUUGGCCCAAACCAAUCGAUCAAUGCCAGCAGUUUCGCAAAGAGACACAUUGAUUCCACUGCAUCUCCUGUCUCACUGCCUUUGGCUCUACUGGAAAAUGAUUCUUCUGUCGGAAGUAGUCAGCGGCUACCGUGAGCCAUGCUGCCUAUUCCGUGCGCCGAUUAUCGCUCUAUUUAACCUGUAACUUAUGCCAGCUGUCACUCCCUGCAAAGCUGGAGAACUUGCGGUCAGUUUUCUGAUCAAGGUCGGAUUGGGUGCUGGCCGAACUCGACAGAUCGACAUCAAAAGUACAGCUUAUGUGCUCGUCUUCCUGGACAGGCCAUCAUUUGUGGCCUGGUGUUUCCGACGCUGGAUCCAUUCCCGCCUUGCUCAGGCAAACCGAUACCAUACCGUCUUCGCUGAGCGUCGGGAUUCCAUGACAACCCUCUUUUCCGAUGGCGUCUGAAGGAAUAGGACUAGCACAGCCAUGGCGGUGGCCAGACAUAUGUGGCCCCCUCUGCGAGCCCUUCCAGGAAAAUCCCAUAAACGAGGCGAAUUAGCCAAUUGUAUCACACUUUCGAACUCAUCACGGAAAACAGCGACUCUUCGACAAGCAAGUCAAUUCUUUUUAAUGUAGAUUCGGUCGGACAUGCGGACUACAUAUGGGGUGGAAUCUGUUCAGACUCAACGGCCCCCCGUCUGAACAGGAUGAUAGACUUUCUUUACUUCCACGUUCUGUAUUAGUAACAAUCUUGAGUGGAAUGGACUCUUUUGCAUUCCUUGUCUUCG